AAGGGCUUGAGAUUCAACUAGUUCGCUGGGAUUGUUUCACGGCGCCGUGUGAACGGUGUUGGCGGCUGGUUCCUGCGCGUCUCUUGAAGUGUUUUCACGCUAAACGGCUGUGAGUUCGUUGCGUGAGCGCAGCAGUGACAGGUUGAGAAUCCAUCACAGAAACAAACCGCCCCCUCCCACUCCGAGCGCCCCCGCUCCAGAUGCUACUCCAGAGACAUACAGCCUCCAUGUUGCAGGGCCAGCGGGUGGACGGCUCGCUGUAACGCGUUAGCUCACUUCCAAGGGGAACCACUUGGACACACGUAGCAGGACGCGAGCGAUCCUCCGGCGGGCUUCCUGCUGGCGUCAACGUCCGCGCACACGCGGCCUCUUAUUCUGGAUGAUCGGAGCUCCACAGCUAACUCGAGCCAUUUGCUAACUAUUUGCCAAUUCAACGUCGGUUGCUUUUAUUUUUCUUUAAGAAAAGCGCGUUCCGUCGCUAUUGUUAAGAAAACCACUUGUGUUGCAGCGGUGAUAUUUUGCGCGGGGCCAUAAAUGACAGCCGUCCGAGCGGCUUCCCUUCAGCACCCUGCUAGCUGGCGGCUGUCCCCGCGGCAGCGACGCCUCGGUCGGCUUUGUGGCCGCUCAGCCUCGCCUCACACGGCUAACGUUAGCUAGCAAGCGACCCGAGCGCGCCAGCACGAAUAACACUGUGGGGAACCAUCGCAGGAACAACCACCCGUCUAAAUGGACCACAUGUCCAUAAUAACCCAAGUUUCCAACCCAAAGGAUGAAGAAGUACAAUCCCUUAACCAGGAAAAAGCGUCCCAGUCCAACAGCAGCCUGAAGAAGCAGAGGAGCCGGAGCAUCUUCAGCACAUUCUUCUGCUGCUUCCGCAACUACAAUGUGGACCCGCCCGCCAACAACACCAACACCAGCUCCCAGCCUCCCCCCGUGGAGGAGAACGGGUCCCCUCCCAAGUGUGACCAGGUCGGGGUCAUCCCGUUCCCCAGUCCACCAGCCAAAUACCUCCUGCCAGAGAUGCUAAUAUCGGACUACGGCAAAAAGUGUGUGGUGAUCGACUUGGAUGAAACACUCGUCCACAGCUCAUUCAAGCCCAUCAGCAACGCAGACUUUAUUGUUCCGGUGGAGAUCGACGGUACCGUUCACCAGGUGUACGUGCUGAAACGACCCCACGUGGACGAGUUCCUCCAAAAGAUGGGGGAGCUCUUUGAAUGUGUCCUCUUUACCGCCAGUCUCGCUAAGUAUGCCGACCCUGUGGCGGACCUGCUGGACCAGUGGGGCGUGUUCCGGGAGCGACUCUUCAGAGAAGCCUGCGUUUUUCACAGAGGGAACUACGUCAAAGACCUGAGUCGGCUGGGACGAGAGCUCAGCAACGUCAUCAUCGUGGACAAUUCGCCCGCCUCUUACAUUUUCCACCCAGAAAACGCUGUCCCUGUCCAGUCUUGGUUUGACGAUAUGAAUGACACGGAGCUCCUGGACCUGCUGCCUUUCUUUGAGGGACUCAGCAAGGAAGAAGAGGUUUACGGAGUCCUCCAGAACCUGCGAGGCAGGUAGCAGGACGCCACAGCGCUCCUUCCUCCCCUCUGUCCGUCUCCGCCGUCUUCUACAACCACGCCGCUCGCAUUCGGACAGAUGGUCCCACACGCGCCCCUCUCGUCUCUGCCCCAAGGAGACGCCCCCCCAUCCCAGCUCUCGUCCCCUGGUGACCGGCUGCCUUCCGAGUACCAUCAGAGAAAAACACUAACUACCCCAGGAGCACUGUGUGUCAACAGAAGAAGACAAUUUUAAAACCAACAGAGUUUUACUAUUUGGGGAAGUGCUUAUUUUAAAACCAAAAGAAGAAGAAGAAAACCGAGAAACAAAGUCUGAGAAGAUGGUGUCCUCGUGGCUCUGCAGGCGCUUUCUCGUGGAAGGAUUCUCUUUUCUUACUGAAUGAAGUGCCUUGUGUGAAUGUUGUUUAUAUUGGGAGAUAUUUUGUACAAGGCGUAUUUCAAGUACUUCAAUCUUUUCACACAAAAUAUACUUUAGAGUGAACACAAAGGUUUCUUCAUAAAAGUUUGACCUUUUAUUUUUUUGAUCAAAUGCUGUUUUAAUGUCUACGUAGUAUUCUCUCUUUCACCCCCCGGCACGCUGGUGCCAUUAUAUAGACGUGACUUUCUUUCUGCUUUUAUUAAAUGUAAAAGGAGGUCAACCUUUCAGUACAGUAAUUCUUUGCUCAGAUGAAAUUGUGCCAUUUCUCUCAUCACCUUUAACCUAAUCCACAUAUCUUUUAUUUGCUAAAUAAGCAAAUCAUUUGUUUAACAUGCUUCAUAUGUGUUCCAGGGGAUCAGCCAUAAACUGUUAAACCAUCAGUAGUGUAUCGGAUUUAUUUUGACAAAAUAGUUGUCAAAUACCUUUGUGUGUUGUUUUAUGUGACGAGAUGUUGUCCUCAUGGUCAUCUUCUCUUGUGUUGUCUCAUGGGAUGAUCCUUCUCUAUAAUUAGACACCGAUGCUACGCUAUUCCCUUUUUGUUGUUUCAAAUAGUCUGGGAGCUCACAGCAAAUGGGUCGAGUGCCAUGUUGUUGUUGUUGUUGUUUUCUUUAGGUAAUGUAGGAUUUAGUGUUUGCUCGUGUCUGGACCGCGUUCUCUCUUGAUUUACAAACGGCGGUGCGGGCGAUGUGUUUACCUUCCCAGACUAACUGCUCUCCACCUCAGUGCCUAAGGAGAAGAACCACGCAACCCGGAUGCUGCAACGUUCGCUACCGGGGCAAUAAUCUGUUUUUGGAAAGGGAUAAAGAGCCGGUAGACCCUAAAAGUUAUCAUAACCUCAUGGUUCAAACAAUUCAUCACCUGGAAACUGGACAUACACGUACAAGUUAGUCCUUCAGUCAUUUUAAAAUAUAUAUAUAUAUAUAUAAAUUUUUUAUUUUUUUUCUUGAAAUGAAGAUACCGCAACAACUUGAAUGUUGCUUGGUCUAUUUUAACCACACAAACCAAAAGGACCGUUUAUCGUGAUCCACAUUGCCAUUAAAGGCUUUUGUUGUGAAAGUAAAGAAAGAGGAACAGUCCCGGCUCACGCAGACUGGUGAGAGGAACACUAGGGGAACCGCAACAGGACCGUGAGGAACCUCAUUGUAGCUUCGAAGCCUUACUGCCUGUGCAGGCACGAAGCAACCGUUCUCCAUUGAUUCCGAGGAUACAUCUACGCGUUUAGGCACAGUCCGUUCUUGCUCACGCAGAGUCACUGUGAGGCUGGGACAAUUAUCCUGACGGGAAUGAAAUGAGGCAAUGAAGUUGGUAAAGCUUGAAGGUGCCAUCAAGGGAUUGUACGCUUCGACAAACCUCAUCUGCUGAAUUCCUUGACCUGUGCGUCGUGUUGAUUUAAAGACCUACACUUUGUCACAAUUCCCAAGUUGAAAGGCUGCAGCUCUUACAGGCACGUUGAGUUAUUGUCUGUCUCAUGAUGCUUUCAGUGUAAUCUCAUUUGUUCAAAGAAGAGACUGGUCAGACAUUACCUUCCUCUGAAAAUGUUUGUAUCGUGAUAUUUUUCUACCUACCUUUGUCAGUAUUUGGUUUGAAAAGAAGCAUUCUACCAAUCGUGUCCAGCUCGGUGUCCCCCCCUCUCAGAAUUCUGUCCGCUCGUCUUUCCCAUCGAGAGACACGUGUGUGUGUGUGUGUGUGUGUGUGCGCGGCAAGCGUCAUGCUUCCUUCCUGGUUUUCUUGUUGUACUCGUCACACGCAUCCUUCUCUGUAUUUCUUUGACACCACGAUUCUACGACACGAGUUAAUAUCAUUUUCUCUCUUUGGUUUAUUGAGGUUGUCCACGUUCUGCAAACUGACACUGACUUGUCAGUUAUGGUUGAUUUAUUGUGAGUGUCGGCAGUGUGUUGUCAUCGUGAGCAUCAUUUUUCUUUCUUUCCAUAAUAAAAUGCUUCAUUGAAACAAUG